UCCGGGUCGCGGGUCUUUUAGCGACCCUCUAUGGUCGAGGCCGGAAGUGGCCCGGCGCAGAGCUUCCUGUCGUGGUGCAUUGUGGGAAGGGUGACACGAGUAGGAGAGGGGAAAGGAAAGGAGCGGCUAUGGCGGAUGGCGAGGAGCCGGAGAAGAAAAGAAGGAGGCUAGAGGAGCGGCGGCUAGCGGGAGAGAGGCAGAGAGAGAUGGGAAUGGCUGUUGAUGGUGGGUGUGGGGACAAUGGAGACUGGGAAGGUCGCUGGAACCAUGUAAAGAAGUUCCUCGAGCGAUCUGGACCAUUCACACACCCUGAUUUCGAGCCAGGCACUCAACCCCUUGACUUUCUCUUAAACACGUGUAAAGUACUAGUUAUUGGAGCAGGAGGAUUAGGAUGUGAACUCCUGAAAAAUCUGGCACUGUCUGGUUUUAGACAGAUCCAUGUCAUUGAUAUGGACACCAUUGAUGUGUCUAACCUGAAUAGGCAAUUUUUAUUUCGACCUAAAGAUGUUGGACGGCCUAAAGCAGAAGUUGCUGCUAAAUUUCUAAACAGUCGAAUUCCUAAUUGUGCUGUGGUACCACAUUACAAAAAGAUUCAGGAUCUAGAUGACACUUUCUAUAGACAAUUUCAUAUAAUUGUAUGUGGUUUGGACUCAAUAAUUGCAAGAAGAUGGAUAAAUGGCAUGCUGAUUUCUCUUUUAAACUAUGAAGAUGGGGUGUUGGAUCCAAGUUCAAUUAUACCUUUGAUUGAUGGAGGAACUGAAGGCUUUAAAGGAAAUGCUCGUGUGAUUAUUCCUGGCAUGACAGCUUGUAUUGAAUGUACACUUGAACUUUAUCCACCACAGGUAAAUUUUCCUAUGUGCACAAUUGCUUCAAUGCCUCGGUUACCAGAACAUUGCAUUGAAUAUGUCAGGAUACUGCAGUGGCCCAAGGAACAGCCUUUUGGAGAAGGUGUCCCUCUAGAUGGAGACGAUCCUGAGCACAUACAGUGGAUUUUUGAACAGUCUUUAGAAAGGGCAUCACAAUUUAAUAUUAAAGGUCUGACCUACAGACUCACACAAGGAGUUGUAAAGCGGAUCAUUCCAGCUGUAGCUUCUACAAAUGCUGUCAUUGCAGCUAUAUGUGCCACUGAAGUCUUUAAAAUAGCCACAAGUGCAUACAUGCCUCUGAACAACUAUUUGGUGUUCAAUGAUGUGGAUGGACUGUAUACAUAUACAUUUGAAGCUGAAAAGAAGGAGAAUUGUCUGGCUUGCAGCCAGCUCCCACAAAACAUAGAAUUUUCUCAGUCAGCUAAACUUCAGGAAGUCUUGGAUUAUUUGACAAACAGUGCUUCAUUACAAAUGAAAUCGCCCGCGAUAACAGCCACAGUUUAUGGAAGAAAUAAAACCCUUUAUUUACAGUCAGUAGCUUCAAUCGAAGAACGAACAAGACCAAAUCUUUCAAAGACGCUAAAAGAGCUGGGACUGGUUGAUGGUCAAGAACUUGCGGUUGCAGACAUCACUACGCCACAGACUGUACUCUUCAAACUUCAUUUUACUACUUGAUAUAAGUGCAAGUGUUGUAAACAUGCACUGAAAAAAGUUUGCACACCUUAUAAGACUACUGCUGUGCACUAGAGGAAAAGAAGAUGAAUUACCCAGAUCUGAAACCUGUUAAAACAAGCAUUGAUGGAAGUUAGUUUAUCCAAGAUAAAUUGCUCUUAUUUUAGAACUGUCUUUGCAAACCAAUAUUUGGUUGAUAUUAUCUGUAUUAAAAGUUCAUUAAUGUACAGGAAUCCGAUGUACAGCAAUAACUUUUUCAGUUUGUAAUCACACUAAAACAAAUACUCCUUCCUGCAUGUCAUGAUGGUCAGUGAAUUAGUUCUUGAAGCACCUAUGAACUCUGAAUGUACACAAUAAGAGAUUUUAAAUGACAUUUUAGCAUCUGUGUACAAUUCUUAGAUUCAGACAUUGGGCUUGCUAAACCAAAGUUUAGUGUUGUGAGAAUGAGCCUGGGUGAGCCUCUUUUCUCCAGUGCAGCCCCAAGGGAACAGUUCAGAAGCUUUUGCUUCUGUUUUAGAUUAAUCAUGGCUUACUGUAGUGUCUGGACCUGGACAAAUUGUGUUAAUCUUAAAUGUAGUUAGUGGAGAUAAACCAAAUUCAAACCAUAGCUUAUGCAGCAAGCUUGUUUUCACAAACCAUAAUUCAGAUUAAAUACUGUUUAGGGGUCAGACGUAAUGCAGAAGUGUAAUUAAUCUAAGAUGCAAGCUCAAGCCUCUGAUCUCUCAGCCAUCCCGGAGGAGGGAGAAGGCAUACAAGCCUGAUCCUUGCUGCAGUUUAUCUUCUCAUGCUAAGCCAUGGUUUCAUGUUACAUGUGAACUGGACAUACAAGAUAGAAGAAUAAAAUAUACAGCCCACUUCUUUAAUAUGUCUUUAACGAGCUGUUUGUUAGAUAUUAAGGAUUGCCAAAAGUUGCUACAUUUUUUCAAAUACGGAAACAUUGUACUUACACUGCAACCUGUUGAUGAAAAUUAAAUACUUCAUUUGUAUAUUUGCAAGUAUUAGCAGCUGCUAUACAUGGUGUUGCCUACUGAUAUUCAGGGUUGGUGUUUCACUGUUAGGAUAUUUAUUAAUAAAAAUUAUAAAAAUUA